GAGAUACCAUACCACGAGACAUCCGAGUAGACAAUCCGAGACCGAUCAGACGAAAGAGACGCAUAUCUCGACAAAGCUGCCAGACCGACAAUCGAUACCAGCGCAAGCGGCGCUUCUCCUCUUUCAAGAUGCAGGCUCCAGUGGUAGUGAUGAACACGGCAACAGGUGACCGCAAGACUGGCCGGCAAGCGCAAACCUCGAACAUCACCGCCGCGAAGACCGUCGCCGACAUCAUCCGAUCAUGUCUAGGACCAAAGGCCAUGCUGAAGAUGCUGCUGGAUCCCAUGGGAGGAAUUGUCCUGACUAACGACGGCCACGCCAUUCUCCGUGAGAUCGAAGUCGCCCACCCUGCAGCAAAGAGCAUGAUUGAGUUGGCACGGACACAAGAUGAGGAGGUUGGCGAUGGCACCACGACUGUGAUCAUUCUCGCGGGAGAGAUUCUCGCCCUGUCCCUACCACAACUCGAGCGCAACAUCCAUCCCGUUGUGAUUAUCCAAGCCUUCAAGCGUGCACUUGCCGACGUCAUCAAAGUCAUUCAGGACGUCUCCAUUCCUGUGGACAUCAACGACAACGAAGUCAUGCGAAAUCUCAUCUCGACAUCCAUCGGUACGAAAUUCACAUCGCGCUACUCAGACCUGAUGUGCGAUCUGGCGCUACAGGCAGUGCGGACGGUCAGCCAUGAUGCAGGCGGUGGCAAGAAAGAGGUGGACAUCAAGAGAUAUGCGCGUGUGGAGAAGGUGCCGGGAGGAGAGAUCGAGGACUCCUGCGUGCUGGACGGCGUAAUGCUGAACAAGGACAUCACCCACCCAAAGAUGCGUCGCCGGAUAGAGAACCCUCGCAUCGUCCUCCUGGACUGCACCCUUGAAUACAAAAAGGGCGAGUCCCAAACAAACAUCGAAAUCAGCAAGGAGGAAGACUGGAACCGCAUCCUACAAAUCGAAGAAGAGCAAGUUCGGGCCAUGUGCGACGCCAUCAUCGCCGUCAAGCCGGAUCUGGUCAUCACCGAAAAGGGUGUCUCCGAUCUUGCGCAACAUUUCCUCCUCAAACAUAACAUCACCGCCCUGCGUCGUGUCCGCAAAUCCGACACCAACCGCGUGGCCCGCGCUACUGGCGCAACAAUCGUCAACAGUGUCUACGAUCUCGCUGAGAGGGACGUCGGAACACACUGCGGCCUCUUUGAGAUCUCCAAGAUCGGCGACGAGUACUUCACCUUCCUGACAAAGUGCAAGGACCCCAAAGCAUGCACCAUCCUUCUCCGCGGACCAUCCAAAGACAUCCUCAACGAGAUCGACCGCAACCUCCUCGACGCCAUGUCCGUGGCUCGAAACGUCAUCUUUCAUCCAUACCUCUCUCCCGGCGGCGGCGCCACUGAAAUGGCUUGCGCGGUCCGUCUCUCGCAAAUGGCAAAAGGUGUUGAAGGUGUACAGCAAUGGCCGUACAAGGCGAUCGCAGAGGCGAUGGAGGUCAUUCCGCGCACGCUGAUCCAGAACGCUGGUGCAUCUCCCAUUCGCGUUUUGACUCAACUGAGAGCGAAGCACGCGGAAGGUGGCAGUACGUGGGGUAUUGACGGUGAUGCGGGUAAAGUGGUGGACAUGAGGGACUUUGGCAUUUGGGAACCGCAAGCUGUGAAGCUGCAGAGCGUCAAGACUGCGGUGGAGAGUGCAUGCUUGUUGUUGAGAGUGGACGACAUUGUGGGCGCGAAGAGUGCGGCUGGAGGUGGCGGCGGAGGUGGUGGAGAGGACUGA